AUGGCUGACCCCGUGGAGAGUAUCGCCGCUGCAUGUGCCGCUCGCGGGUUUAUCAACGGCGUCAUCGGCAUGGUGGUUGACAAGAAGGACGCCUGGCGCAGUGCGGGUUCUUCAUGGUGUGUUGGUUUUGAAAUCAAAGAUUCUGAAUUUGAAACACCAGCCUGGAAAAAUAGUCUGAAAAUCAAGUACUUCAAUGAUAACGAAAGCAAGUUGCCACAUGUUCAGAUAGGCGAUGUAGUCUUGCUUCGACGCAUUCGAAUCAGUUACUAUCAAGAGAGAGCAACGGGUAUUGCUUCCCAAAACCAAAGGGUCUCUUGGGCUAUAUUCCGAAACCAUGAAGAUCUCAGCAAGGGCCCGGUUAUUACUACAGGGCCCGAUACUUUCUAUCCGACACCAGAGGAAAAAAGGCGCGCAAUUGAGCUCCUAGAUAAGCACACACCACAGGUGCAAAGUAACACCUGGCGGACCGAUCCGUCGCAAAAAGGAUUCCAUGUCAUUCAGGCUGCCGUACUCAACCGCAAGAAUGCAUAUCUGCCAAUGACUUUGAUAAAAGACGUCGAGAUCAAUCGUUUUACCCAACUCGUUGGCCAGGUGGUCAAAGAUCAUAACUAUGAGCCUAACAAGAGUACCAUUUGGAUUACUGACUAUACCGCCAACGAAUGUCUGGUUGAUUAUCGGAAAGAUGGCGAGACAGGCACUGAAGGCGAUCCCAACGGCUACCUAGCACGCCACCAAGAUAAUUGGCCCGGACCCUGGGGACAAUUGACCAUGCAAAUAACGCUGUGGGACCCGCAUGCUAAAUAUUGCCAGGAGAAAGUCAAGCCAGGUGACAUGGUGCUUCUUUCAUAUGUCCGUAUCAAAACUAGCAGCAACGGUAGUCUCGAAGGUGCCGUCCACCAAGACAAAAAGUUUCCCGACAAGGUCCAUAUCCGCCUCAUCUCGAGUGACUACAAUGAAGAGGCAAAAGAGCUCAUGGCACGUCGGAAAGCAUAUUGGGAAAUCCACGGAAAGCCAAAAGCGGAAAGCAAACAGAAGAAAAAAAAACAAAAGAACCAAGAAUCUGAAAAAAACCAAAGCAAGGAAGAAGGCCAGAAAGGGCUAUCAGCAACCUCGCGGACGGUACGGAACCCCUCUGUCAAGAUACGCGAAUUUGGGGUUCCAUCACGCUCUGUGGAUAAGGUGUUGGAAGCUGAAACGCAUAUUAUACCUCUCCCGGGUGGGAUCAGCUACAAAGCACCAUUUCAAAACGUUGCCUACAGUAUUCUUGCCCGGGUCAUCGACUUCUUCCCACCAGAUCUUGCAGACUUUGCAGUGCAAGUCCCAGUGAAAUCUAUUGUGGAUAAAAAACAACAUAUGGCAUGGGACUGGCGUUUCUGUCUUCUAGUAGAGAGUGUUGAACCGGUAACUUUGAAAGACCAACUCCGAGAACCGAUGAAGAUCUUUGUCUCUGGCGCAGAAGCUGUCCAUCUACUUUGCCUGGAUCCUACCGACCUCCGUCGCGAUUCUCGGCGACUAUCUCAGCUGAGAGAGAAGCUCUUUCUCCUCUGGGGAAAUCUUGCGGAGCAGAAGAGUAAAGGGGGGGCGAAUGGGGUUCAGGGUCACCCUUGGACACCACCGGUGGGAAUUGUAGGUUUACCUAUAAUGUGUUGUGUUAAGGAAUAUGGGGUUCCAUGUAUCCAUUCCCGAGAUUCAAAUGCUAUGGUAAUCGACGGACAGCCCUGUAUCGAGGAGGAGUGUUAUGGAUGGGAGAGACGGUUUUCGUUGUAUGGUACCACGAUUCAUGAACAAUGA